AUCUGCCUUUACUACUCCAUAUAAUAACUUCGUCCUCUCCCCCUUCUUUUGUACUUCCUGUUAGUAACGCCCCUGUACCCCCAUCAAAAAAUUCACCAAAAAAGCCACAAAAAGCACUCCUUUAUUCUCGUUCAUUGAUCUGAAUCCAGCACAAAACUGCAGUUACAAUGGGGAAAGGAGGAGUGUUGAGCGAAGGAGUUUUGAAGAAGAUCGUGCUGUCAUAUACUUACGUAGCUAUAUGGAUCUUCCUUUCGUUUACGGUGAUUGUCUACAACAAGUAUAUUCUGGAUCGGAAGAUGUACAAUUGGCCAUACCCGAUUUCUCUAACCAUGAUUCAUAUGAGUUUUUGUUCGUCCUUGGCUUAUCUUCUUGUUCGGGUGUUUAAGGUUGUUGAGCCUGUGACUAUGUCUUGGGAUUUGUAUAUGAAAUCCGUGGUGCCCAUCGGGCUGCUUUAUUCUCUGUCGCUUUGGCUUUCGAAUUCGGCUUAUAUUUAUCUCUCCGUGUCAUUUAUUCAAAUGCUUAAGGCACUUAUGCCGGUGGCGGUUUAUUCGAUUGGUGUGAUUUUCAAGAAAGAGACUUUCAGAUCGGACACGAUGACGAAUAUGAUUUCGAUCUCAAUCGGGGUUGGCGUGGCUGCUUAUGGAGAGGCUAAAUUUGACACAUGGGGAGUGAUUCUUCAAUUGGGUGCUUUGGCUUUUGAGGCUACAAGGCUUGUUUUGAUCCAGAUCUUGCUAACUUCAAAGGGAAUUACUCUUAAUCCUAUUACAUCUCUCUAUUAUGUUGCUCCCUGCUGCUUGGUUUUUUUGUUUUUCCCUUGGAUUUUCGUUGAGUUUCCUCUCUUGAAGGAGACCUCCAGCUUCCAUUUUGAUUUUCUGAUUUUUGGGACCAAUUCUUUCUGCGCAUUUGCGCUGAAUCUCGCGGUUUUCUUGCUCGUUGGAAAGACCUCUGCGUUGACUAUGAAUGUUGCUGGUGUGGUUAAAGAUUGGCUCUUGAUCGCAUUUUCCUGGUCUGUGAUUAAGGACACUGUUACUCCAAUCAAUCUGUUCGGGUAUGCAUUGGCUUUCUUGGGGGUGGUAUAUUAUAAUCACUCGAAGUUGCAGGCGCUCAAGGCCAAGGAUGAGCAAAACAAAGCUCAGCAGGCUGACGAGGAAUCUGGAAAAUUGUUGGCAGAAAAAGAAGAGAAUAAUGGCACAAGUAAAAAUGAUUCACAGAAUUGAUUUCUUAAUCUGCUAUAUGAUGCUGUCUUGACAGGAUUAGAUGGCUGAGCUAAAGAUGAAAAUGAAGAUUAGAUUAUAGAUUUCAAGGAUCGAUGAAUGGAUUAGGUUCUGUUUCGGUAUGUGAUCUUAGGAAUUUCUUCGGUAUCGUAGCUAUUUCUCUUGCUAAUUUAUGGUUCAUUAAGUUUAUUAGUCCUCAUCACUUUGUAUUACAUACUGGGAUUUUAUGGUUUCUCAUAUUGCCGAAAUAUGUAUGUGAGUUGAGAAUGGCUUGAGGCUCAUUGUCUUGAACUCUUUUCUAAUAUAAUUUUAUUUAUUUUCCAACAUUUGUUCA